AAAGCGUCAAAAGCUUGCAACUCACGACCGCCAGCGCUUUCCUUCGUACUCUUUUCCCACCAGUACCCGUGGCAUCCUGUCUUGCUUGGAACAGAAAGCAGUUGAACAGCAGACCAAUAUGAACACCAGGCCGCCCCCUCCCUCAGGCCCGCCCCCUCGAUAUACCGCCGUUGUUCGCAAAGUUUAUCCUUUCUCACUGCGCCCUGUUGUCAUCUUCCUAUCACUUGCUGGGUUUAUUUAUGGUUUGGCUCUGGGAGUAGACUCAAUCACGGACAGAAAUGACGCCAAAGAGACUUUCAAAAUGCAAGUUUUCGAUAUCGUAGCAGGAAUCCUGUACCUAGUAGUUGCAGCGAUUGAAGCUUUCGUCAUCCUCGUGGCUGCUUUGCAAAGCCUCUCUCUGGCACGAUUGUUCAUUGUGGCAGUCCCCAUUGGGCUUAUCGUUAAUUUAGCUGUCAAUGUCAUUGAAAUCAUUGCGCAUUUCACCACCAAGUCUGAUCUGAUCGCGCAAUGUGUGUACAAUGAAGAUAGACAGGCAUAUAACGACGUGGGGGGUAUCGUUGGGAACAUCACUACAAGCGAGGCCAAUAGCAUCUGUACAAGUUUAUGGAACAGGGGUACAUGGGCAGUAUUUAUCUGGCUUUUCGUCACUCUUGCCCUUUCUAUUGUAUUCGCUUCGGCAUACUUUUCAUAUUAUCACCAGCUCCUUGACCCAUCUUCUGUCCGUACGCGUCAGCCAGUCUACAACCGUCAGAACCAAUCCUACCCUCUUCAAAGCGGUCCAGGUGGAUAUCGCCCGCCUCCCCCUGCAGAUGGUCAGCAAGCCUGGAUGGUCCCACCUUAUCCUGGACCUCCAAACUACGCAAAUAACCCACCUCCUCCGCGCGGAUGGGACAAAUCAGAUUAUCAUCCCGAUGCGGAAUGGGCUCAGGCCGAUUACACCACACCUUCGCGCGAGAGGGAUAUUGUCGAUAAUAGGGAAGAAGAGGAAGCUUGGGAGCGCGCUCAGUCUCAAGGGGUCACAGCUCAUCUGACAGGACAUGCUCCUUCAAGAGCCAGAGAAGACGUUGAGCGCAAUAGUGGUUAUGUUAUCCCUAAUGCUGAGGAGGAUGAGGAAUGGGAGAGGGCUAGGAAUGAGGGUGUAACGGCGCACCUGACAGGUGCCGCAACGAAGAGGGAUCGAGAAAGGGAUGUCUGAGCGUGCUACGGAUAAGGUGAUUAGAAGAGCUUGAUAGCGUCCCACGAGUGUUUUCUUGAUUAUGUAGGAUACUUUUGUCGAUAUUAUAUUUGCAUCGAUAGGCUGAGAAAUGUUUGCUUUCGAUUAUGCUUACAUUAUUCGAAAAGGUGAAGGUGUAUUGAGUGUAACG